CACACACACACUCAUAUCAAGCCCCUCUGCCCACAGAGCCGUUCUGCAUACAGAAGAGGCAGUUUCUCUGUUGGAUUAAAGAGGAGCUGGUUGGGUUUUAGUGCUGCAGGUCUGGUUCACAAACCGGCCUCGAGGUGGGACGUGUUUAACUUUUGACUGACUCACUGGAGCUGAACGGUAACCAGAAGUAAGCUUUACUCAGAGGGGACAGCUGGUUAUUUGCAGCCUCUGUGAAUUCCUCAGAUCCACCGGGAACUCCUUCAGGUCCAACAGCAGGUGAUAGCAGCCAUGUCUCUGUCAUCAGACCUGAGCUUCCUGCAGAGAAGUCAUGGAGCAGAACGAGAAGCUGAGCUCACAAAGCUGGAAAAACAGCUGAUCUGUCCACUCUGUCAAGAUAUCUUCAACAAGCCUGUGGUCAUCCUGCCAUGCCAACACAACCUCUGCAGGAAGUGUGCUAACGAGCUGUACCAGCCAUCUUUGUUUCAUGCUCGAACCACCAUGCUGGUGAACAGCGGGCACUUCCGAUGUCCAUCCUGCAGACGUGAAGUGCUGCUGGAUCGCCAUGGGGUCUAUGGCCUGCAGAGGAACCUGCUGGUAGAGAGCAUCAUUGAUGUCUACAAACAGGAAAUCAACAAUGCACCAAGCCUACUCCCCCCUCCGCCCCUCUCCCUGCCUCAUGUCACAUGUUCUCACCAUGAAGGAGAAAAGCUGAACAUCUACUGUCUGACCUGUCAGAUUCCUACAUGUUCUCUCUGCAAAGUGUUUGGUACUCAUGAGUCGUGCCACGUGGCUCCUCUGGCAGAGGUCUACCAGCAGCAGAAGGAGGUGCUCAGUGAAGGCGUCACGUCCUUGAUGGGAUUCAGUGACAGAGUCCAGAUGCUCAUCAGUGAGCUGGAGGAGAGCUGCAGAAACAUCCAGGAGAACUAUAAGACUCAGAAACAGAAGGUGUGUGACACAUUUGACCACAUGGUCUCCAUCCUGGAGGAAAAACAGAAGGUAAUGACACAAAAAAUCAGCUCUGAAGAGGAACAGAAAAUAGGUCAAACACAGAUGUUGGUCCGUUGCUAUGGCAACAGCAUGGAGGCAAACGGCAAGCUAGUGGAGAGUGCAUUGAGCAGCAUGGUGGAGCUGGACAUGGCUGCGUUUGUUCAGGAUUCAGGAGCUCUGAUCACAAAAAUGACAGCGGCAACCUGCUCCUGUCCAUCAGAGACACCCAAACCAACCCACGAGACUUUGAGCAGAUACAGUUUUGAUUUCAGCAACCAAGAGCGAGCUCUGAAGAGCCUCAGCUUCAUCAAAGUUGUGGAGAAAAAUCCUGAAGAUCUAGAAGUUCAUUCAGACCAGGAGGAACCCAAAGAACCUUUAAAGCAGAGCACAGAACUGGACCAGCAGCAGCAGGAACCUUCAGAGCACAACCUGUUGGCUGUUCUGGAACCAGCUCCAGAGAAAAUUCCAGAACAAAGAUCUCCCCCUGAGGAACCAGUAGAGCUGAUGGAUCAGGAAGAAGCUCCAGUCCUCCUGGAUCCAGCACCGGACAGAGACUCUUGGGAACUGGACACUCCAGAGCCCGUCUCAAAUGAGCUAGAACCAGAUCCGAUUAGAGCAGAAAGGAAGGAGAGAGAGAAGACACACCAGGAGCUGGAGGCACCUCCACCUGUAGAGGAGGAAACCAUCAGGGAGCAGGAGGGACUGAGCACACAGCAGGCUGUUACUCUGAUAUUCUACUUGUUGGCCUUCCUGAUCAUCCUGCAGCGGGUUUGGGCUCAUGUCGGCUGCUUCAUCUGCACAUAAGUCACCAGGAAACACACGGUCGUGCCACACACACACGCACGCACACACACACACACACACUGGAAGCCCAGCUGAAGUCUUUCCUCCACAAACAUGAAGACCCAAGAGACACUUGGGAUAUCAGAGUGGUUUAUUAUGAACUUAAACUUAAAACGUUGCAUCAGUCACCUUCGGCACCUCCAUCUUUGUAAAACGCUGCAGUUACUCAUAAACCAGGAGUUACAUCAUCACACAGAAUAAACUCGGAUCUGAUGACAGAA